AUGAUGUUAUUACUUAUUGAGUUAACUGCUGAAAUUAUUUCUAAAGAUCGAUCGUCUUAUGAUCCACUUCAAGAAGACUCCAAUUCCAUACCUGAACCAGUUGAUAGAGAUGAAAAUGUUGUGUCUAUCUGGAAAACAAUAGAUACAAAAGUGGCACAACUUCAAUCUACGGGUACAGUUACAUCUAGAGCGAUAAUUGAGGUGCAGCGAUAUUUAGAAGACUCAAUUGUCAAUAGAAAUUGGGAUCCUCUUAAGUCCUUACCUCAAUCAGUUGGCGAGAAAAAUGUUAUGUGCUCUUGGAACAUCAGUGCCAUGUGA